CCUCUUUUGUAUAUUUCACACAUUCUCCUUCGUCUUCCACUUCAUCUCUCUCUUUUUUCAUUUUUCUGUAAACAUUUUUAAUUCCUGAGAUAGAGAAAAUGACUAAAAUCUCUGUUGGAUUGCAACUUGUGACAACAGAUUCAAAAGAAAAGCUAAGCAACAUAGUGAUCAAAUCUUCACUAAGACCAAACCGAUCCAAUCCAAACAUCUCGGAGCGCUGUUUCCUCAAAACAUGUCACCUCUGUAUGAAGCAGCUCCAUCAAGACGAAGAUGUUUACAUGUACAGAGGAGACUUGGGAUUUUGUAGCAGAGAGUGUAGAGAAAGUCAGAUUUUGAUCGAUGAGAAGAAAGAACUAGAGGCGUCCACAAAGAUGAUGUUGGCAGCUUACAGACGCUGUAACUCCGGCGAGAACCGGAAUUUGUUGAAUGAUCUACGGCGGCGACGCCAGCUAUUUAUAGUUCCUUAAAUCGAUUACAUACUUCACUAAUUAGUAAUUAUUGUUUUUUUGUUUGUUCAAACACUAUAAUUGUUGCAGAUAUGUAGUUAUAUACAAGAGAUAUGUUAUAUUACAAAUGUAAAU